GAUUUAUGAAUUAAAAGACGUUUUAUUUGUUUUGCGUUCAAAAACAGAGACAUAAUUGAUGUAUGGAUUCAACCUUUGGAUCACUGUUUGGAUCAAUUGAUUGACUCGUUGUCUUGUAUUGUCUUGUAUUGUGUGGUAUAGUGUGGAGUGAUUACUGAUCCCAAGAAGAGAUGUCUCACGGAAUGAAAGGCGUUUGGCCUCAACUCACGCCCAGACGAGCCAUCAAUUGGUCACUCAAUUGGGGCCGUUCGGGCGUUGGUUACGGAGCGGCGGCUGCGGUGGCCGUGGCUUUCGCUUUCGACUGGAAGUAUGUCUUACAAUACGUGCCAAUCAUUAACACCCAGUGGUCUGACGACAAGCCGGCCAAGAAGUAGAUGAAGAACUCAACACUUAUUAGCGUUUAAAUGAACACUUGUUUUCAAAUUUAUGAAAUUAAUUAAUAUUUAGUUAAAUAUAGUUUAGGUUUAAAUGUAUUAAAGGUAUUAAAAGCACUGUUUUUGUCGCUGUUUUGCAUAUUAUAUGCAAUUCUGUCAAUAAAUUUCAGUUUUGUUUAAA